AUGAGAAGGGUACGGGGGUCAGAGUCGGGGCCUGAGCGCUGGGCAAGGGCCACAGCCCUGACAGCACAGGGAGAGGGCGGACUCGGCCCGGGGGCGGCGACCAGGACGGCCCCGGCUCCCCGGAGUUCGCCCAAGUCCUCGAGGUGGCCCGGGUCGGCCCGGCGGCUCCAGGCAGCGGCGCCGGCGCUCGGCAGCGGGCCAGGGGACCAGGACCCCGCGGGAGCGCCGGGCGAGCGGGAAGGGGCCGGGCCGGCCCGGGCGGACGGGGCUCGUGCGGCGCGGCCGAGCGCGGCCCUGGGCCGGCCCCGACUCCUCCCCUCCGGGCGCGGCCUCCACCUCAGCCUCCCGCCUCCCUCACCUGCCGCCGCCGCCGUAGUUGCUGCUGCCGCCUGCCGGUCCUCUAGCUUCGACAAAGGGCCGCCCACCCUACGGCUCUUCCGCUUCCUGCGGAAGGGGCGACGCUCUAGCCGCCAGACCCGGAACCACACUCUAUGGUCCACUCGGCGCGCCGCUCGCAGCAGGAAACUCCCGGCGAGCCUUGCGCGUCACCAUGGCAACACGGCCCAGCCGGACCCGGAACACAAGCGGCGCCGACUCCUGCGCGGUGGCGGCGGGGGACGCGCCCACUUCAUCGCACGACCCCGGGAGCGCACUGACUGCACCGCCAGCUCCCGAGAGCCCGGGCCGGGGCCCGCACGCUGCACGGCGCUGGCCACACCAACUCCCCACCCAAUGGAGCCGCAAGAGACACGCGACAGCAGAUUCUCCAGCCGAGAGGCGACAAAGAGGGUUUAUUGUACACGAGUUACACCCGGCACGGGGCGGAGGGCGGGCGGACAGGGCUGGUGUGGACGGGGUCUCCGCGAGCCGGCGGCGAUGUCCCAGGUCCGUCCGACUCCCGCGAUGGUCGCGCGGCCCGGCGACUUGCAGGCACCGAGGCUGCUCCGGCCCCGCGCGCACGGGCGCCGCUCACUUGGACCUCUGCCUCAUCUUCCUCCUCUUGCGCUUCAGCCUGCGCAUUCGCUUCUUCCUCCACUUCGCUCUCAUGGCGCACGGGACCCUAGGGCGGAGGGAGAGAAGCGACAGUCAGUAUGCUGCGGCGGUGGUCGGCGCAGGGGUCGGAUGCGCGCGGAUGGCACCCGGGGUGCGGGCACCGGGCCACGGAGACUCACCCGGGAAGAUGGCGUUAAGGCCGAGAGACCGGCGCGGCCGCCCUACUGCUAUUUAAUGGCGUGCUCGUGUCGUCACUUCCGGCGACGCCCCCUCUGUCCCCCCCCCAGGGGCGGAGCUGGUGGAGUGACUGACUUCCGGGUGCCUUACUGCAGGAAACAAAAUGUUUGGAGUGCGAGUGGUUAGGUCCCGCCUCCCCCGGGAUUUAGUUUAAGGCCCUGGUGUUAUUUCAGCACGAGCACCUGUUUCC